AUAGUUAAUCGGCCCAACUUCCCAGUCCAGAUUCUGCCGCUGGUCGAGAAAUCCCAACCGCUCCGGUCAACAAUCACGUUCUCACCUACUCAAAGAACCCCAAUACGAAUUUGUUGCUCCUUUCCCAAUUACGUCAAAACCAACGACCAAAGUACCAACACCACCCAUCGCAUCGUCGGAAACAUGGCGGCGUCAACGGUGUCGCUGGAGGAUGUCCCAAGUGAAACCAUCAUGUCGGAGCUCCUCCGCCGUCUCAAGUGCUCCACCAAGCCUGACAAGCGCCUCAUUCUCAUAGGCCCACCUGGAUCUGGAAAAGGUACUCAGUCACCCAUCAUUAAGGAUGAGUACUGUUUAUGCCAUUUGGCCACCGGUGACAUGCUUAGAGCUGCUGUUGCUGCUAAAACUCCUCUUGGAAUCAAGGCCAAGGAAGCCAUGGACAAGGGUGAACUGGUUUCUGAUGACUUAGUUAUUGGGAUCAUUGAUGAAGCAAUGAAGAAACCCUCUUGCCAAAAAGGGUUCAUUCUUGAUGGGUUUCCCAGGACAGUGGUUCAAGCAGAAAAGCUAGAUGGAAUGCUUCAGAAGCAGGGUGCCAAAGUGGACAAAGUAUUGAAUUUUGCAAUUGAUGAUGCUAUUCUGGAAGAGAGGAUUACUGGUCGAUGGAUUCACCCUUCAAGUGGAAGAACUUACCACACAAAGUUUGCGCCACCUAAAGUUCCUGGAGUUGAUGAUGUCACUGGAGAACCUCUAAUUCAACGCAAAGAUGAUACUGCUGCUGUUCUCAAGUCCAGGCUUGAGGCUUUUCACCGCCAAACAGAACCGGUUAUAGAUUAUUAUUCAAAGAAGGGCGUUGUUGCUAGCUUACAUGCUGAAAAACAACCAAAGGAUGUUACAGAAGAAGUUCAGAAAGUUUUAUCCUCCUAGAGAAGAAGCUCAUAACAAAAUUGGCCUUCUGAAUUGAACUGUACUAUCUGCUUGUUGUUUGUCUCUGACCGAUGAUCAUUGGAAGGACAGUGUCUAUCUUUUUUUAGUUCUUUUUGUUGUUUAUCCCAGCAUAUCGUCAACUUCUGAUGAGUUAGCACCAGAGUAGGAAUUUUUGCUAAUAAAUUUAUGAACACCUCUGAAUAUCUCACUAUCACCAGAUACAAUGGUUAUUUAUCUGAUUUGAAAGAUGUAACUUGAUGGACUGGCCAAAAUUUGUGCUCCAUCUUCUGCCCAAUGUUAUUCUAUGAGCAAUCUAUAGUUACAAACGUGUGAUUAUAGUUAGUGUUGUGGACUUGUGGGCUUCGAUCUUUCAAAAUAUAACUUUUUUGAAUUUUAUUAAAUAAAUUGUAGUGAA